GACCCUCAGGAAUCACCGAGUCCAGCUCCUGGCCCUGCGCAGGACACCCCAAGGGUCACUCCAUGUGCCUGAGCGUGCUGUGCAAACACACGCUGAACAGCCUGUGACCACUUCCCCAGGGAGCCUGUUCCACUGCUCUGCCACUCUCUGGGAAAAACUUUUUCCUGAGAUCCAACCUAACCUCCCCCCAAGCCCCCCAGAAUGGUGGCGGUUUUAUUCAAAGUUUUCCGUUUUGGUGCAGGUUGUGCCCACUUUCCUGUGUGGAAGCAGGGCCGGGGCCUUGGGCAGGGGCUCCUCAGCCUGUCCGUGCUGCCUGCAGGGCCAGGGGACUUCAGGGGGCAUCAGUUACUGACCCCUGCUCUGGCCUUUGAUGCCAAGGAAACUCCGUGGUUUGCAGCACAUACGCCUGCCUGUGGGAUUGUUCCUUUGGUGUGCUUCUAACCCUUUGAGCUGCUCAGGGUGAUGAGGACAAUCGAUGAUAGAAUUGUUCAUGAAUUAAACACAACAAUUCCAACAGCUUCCUUUGUGGGGAAGGUUGAUCCUGGUCAGACAUGUAAAGAGCUGUACGAGUCUUUGACGGCUGCUCACACCAGCAGAGAAAGAAUCAUCAAAAACUGCAUCUCUCAGACUUCUGCUGUAGUGAAAACUCUCAAAGAAGAGAGGGAAAAGGCCGAUGAAGAUGUAGCAUUAUUAAAGCAACUCAGGAAAGAGCAGACAAAGUUGAAAUUGAUGCAGUCGGAGCUCAAUGUUGAAGAAGUGGUAAACGACAGAAGCUGGAAGGUAUUUAAUGAGCGGUGCCGAAUUCACUACAAGCCUCCGAAGAGUCAAUGAUGGUGUGGGGUAUUUUCCAUCAAGGUGGUCCAUAACUGUGAGAGCCAAACUGGAAAGAGACUUUGGGUGAGCUGAAUUGGGACCCUCCAGAGCCAGUAGAACCCAGUCUUGUUUUGUUUUGGACCUACUUAGCUGAAUUCUCAAGCUUGAAAUGAUUCUCCUGUAAUUAAGAGAAAACAACUCAUCUUUUGUACAAAAUAUGUGAACAAAUGAAUUUUAUAGUAUUAAAACAAUUUUCAAACGGAA